CUGUAGCCGUGUGGUUUUCUUUCUGCCUGCUUUCAGUGUGUAGUGGAAAUGUGAGUCUGGUUGCAGCUCCCAUUGCAUGGUCGCUCAGAUAGGAAAUGGUAUGGCUGAUCUGUUAGCGGCACAUUUCAACAGUGGUCUCGUGGCGAAGCGUCCGGUGUGCGGCCCCCCCGGCACGGGAGCGCUGUGGCGAGAUCUGGGCUUUGUUGCCCAGAGAUAUGUAGUGAAGGAUGAAUUUCACCCCUUCAUCGAGGCCCUCCUCCCCCAUGUGCGUGCCUUCUCCUACACCUGGUUCAACCUGCAGGCCCGCAAGCGCAAGUACUUCAAGAAACACGAGAAGAGGAUGACGAAGGACGAAGAGCGCGCGGUGAAGGACGAGCUGCUGGGCGAGAAGCCGGAGAUCAAGCAGAAGUGGGCGUCGCGCCUGCUGGCCAAACUCCGAAAGGACAUCCGGCCGGAGUUCAGGGAGGACUUUGUGCUCACCAUCACGGGGAAGAAGCCCCCCUGCUGUGUGCUGUCCAACCCCGACCAGAAGGGGAAGAUCCGGCGCAUAGACUGCCUCCGACAGGCGGACAAAGUGUGGCGUCUGGACCUGGUGAUGGUCAUCCUGUUCAAGGGGAGUCCGAUGGAGAGCACGGACGGAGAGAGGCUGGUGAAGUCUCCGCAGUGCUCCAACCACGGACUCUGUGUGCAGCCGCAUCACAUCGGGGUCGCCGUGAAGGAGCUGGACCUCUACCUGGCUUACUUCGUGCACUCGCCAGGU